AUGUUUACUGAAGAUCAGAUUCAACAAUAUCUUGCCCACCUCGGCUUCCCUCAUGACAAGCAUCCAACUGACCACUUGGAGUUUCUGACGGAACUUCAAAGACGACAGCUAGAACUAGUACCAUUCGAAAAUUUAUCGCUACACUAUUCGACGAAAAAGGAGCUUUCCCUAGACCCAUAUGAUCUGUUUGAUAAGAUUGUUGGCCGUUCUAGGGGCGGUUAUUGCCUUGAAAACAACAACUUCUUUGGUCAUAUCCUGCGAUGUCUAGGGUUCGACUGCAUCUACGUUGCCGCUCGUGUUAAGCGGCCGGCACCUAACGCCAAAGGAUCGAACUGGUUCGGAUGGAGCCAUUUGGCCGUCCUGGUUACUAUUCGGGAACAAAAAUAUCUCGUUGAUGUCGGACAUGGAAGCGCAUGCCCAACGAAGCCCAUACCACUGGUAACAAAUACCAUCAUUUCCGGUAUCCACCAGCAACAGCUUAGGCUCGAGUACAAGAGCUUGCCAGAGCACACGGAUAAGAGCCAGAGGGUGUGGGUUUAUUCCCACAGAGAAAACGACGAGUCCCCAUGGGUUGAAGCCUACUGCUUCACUGAUCAGGAAUGCCUGACUACGGACUUUGAAGUCAUGAAUCACUUUCCUAUGACGAGCCCCCAGAGUCUCUUCACUCAGAACGUCCUUGCGCAGAGAUUCCUAGCAGAUGAGAACAACAUUGAGCUGAUUGGCUCAGUUAUCCUGUUUAGAGAUCGACUCAAGUUAAGUAUGCCAAAGGUCGGAGUGACGGAACACUUUUUGAAGAGUGAAGCCGAGAGGGUGGUUGCGAUUGAACGUUGGUUUAGGAUACGGUUGGAUGCCAAAGAUAGGAGGGGAAUUCAAGGCUCGCCAAAUGAACUUGGAGUAUAG